AUUUAACAAUAUGAAUACACCAAAUGAGGAAAUGAUCAUUCAUAUAGUCCGUCCUAAGAAUUGACCAUUUUUCACUGGGAUUGCAAGAGAGUAUGACAACACUUAUCCAGAGGACAAAUUGGGUAAUUUGAUGCCGAAAGAAGAAUAUAAGAGAGCUAUUAAUAGAAUAAACGACAUCCUUCAUGACUCUUGGCCAUGCUGAUUUAUAUACUAUUUCUUCGGAUUCAUACUAGGCUACCUUACUUUCGGCUUGACCUGAUUAAUCCCAUGGCAAUGGAUCAAGAUCGGCAAAAACAAAAUGCUGAAAUGUAUAGAUAUAAUGAAUCUUGAUAAUUUUCUCCCGCAUGGCCUCUUUAUUGAGUACCAACAAUCUGGCUGCCACCGCUCAUGAUUCUACAUCCGUAUAAAAAGUGAUAAAGACAUAGAGAGCCUCGAGAGAAGACAAGAAGCAUUAGAAUCUGCAUCCAAGAAGAGGACUGAUGAAUAAUAUAAGUUCAAUAUC